AAUAAUUAAUAAUUUUCUAUAAAAAUAUUUUUAAAUUUUCAUUAUAUUCACGUUUCUUAUAAACGAUCGUAUCGAUUGAUAUUCGUUGUAUUUCGUAAAACGUGGUUUUACUUAGAAAUAUAUUUUUUUUUCUCACAAUUAAACGUAACUAAUAAUGUUUUAAUAUGGUGUAAUUUAAGAAAAAUUAAAAAAGUAUGUCUAUCGAAAAUAACGAAAUUUCCGUGACCAUUGAAUUUGGAGGUGGGGCAGAAUUACUUUUCGAAAAAAAAAGGCACGAAGUAAACUUACCUGGAGUAAAUGAAUGGACCAUACAAAAGCUACUUUUUUGGAUAACAGAUAAUCUGUUAAAGGAACGACAGGAACUUUUUAUACAAGGGGAUACUGUGCGUCCAGGAAUUUUGGUUCUUAUAAAUGACAUCGAUUGGGAAUUAUUGGGUGAAGGCAAUUAUAAAAUAAAAUCAGGCGAUACGAUAUUGUUUAUAUCCACUUUACACGGAGGAUAAGAAAAAUAAAAUUGCAAAAAGAGAAGAUAAAAGUCGAUGCAGAGAAGAUCGAAGAUAGUACCGCAUAACAUAAGUGGAAUUUGAGUUCAGAAAAACAUAAUAAUUUCGCGGAAUGUUUGUACGAUGGUGAGAUACGUGUAUACGCGCAUAGUAUAAAAAAUAAAAAUAAAACGUUUAUUCG